AUCAAUAACUGUGUGUGAUCAGCCCGGACGCUGGGUCAUUGACCCCAUCAGACGUCAGAGGGUCAGACCAGAGACCAGGUCCUCCACGAGACCACAGGAGACACACGACUGCAGAGAAGAGCAACGGAGAACCAGAGAACGACUCUUCAUCCUCAGAGGGUGCGAUCGUGGGACUGCGAGCGGCAUGACGGCGGGGCUGCAGGUUGCGGGUCUGCUGCUAGGCCUGGUGUCCUGGUGUCUGCAGUCCAGCUGCACCUCCUCUCAGGUGUGGAAGGUGCGGAGCCAGCAGGGGACGGUGGGCAGCGGCCAGUGGCAGUACGAAGGUCUGUGGAUGAGCUGCGCCGCCACGUCGCUCGGCUCCGUCCAGUGCAGCCGCUUCAAGACGGUGCUGGGCCUGCCGCCUCACCUGCAGGCCUGCAGAGCUCUGAUGAUCUUGUCCCUGCUGGUCGGCUUGUCCUCCAUCGUCGUCUCCAUCCUGGGUCUCAAGUGCACCAAGAUCGGCAGAACCUCGGAGAACGUGAAGGACCAGAUCGCCCUGAGCGGAGGAGUCCUCUUCAUCCUGUCGGGUGUCUUCACCCUGACGGCAACCUCCUGGUACGCUGCCAGAGUGAUCCAGGACUUCUACAACCCUCUUUAUGGAGGAGUCAGGUUCGAGCUGGGUACUGGUCUCUAUCUGGGCUGGUCGGCCUCCUGUCUGGCCAUACUGGGAGGCUCUCUGCUCUGCUGCAACUGCAGGAGGUCCUGGACCACCACCUCCCCCCCAAGGCAGUUUUCCUACAACUUCUCGUCUACAAGUGAAGGACAGAAGAUCUACAGAGCGGCUCCGACCUCAAACAACGGCAGCUCCAAAGCUUACGUCUAAACGCACCACGGGUCCCGAUCCACGUCCCAAACAGCCCUCUGGACUAAAGGAGUUUUAUUGUGGAGGGAACAAACCUGGGUUGAUUUUAUUUACUUACAUCACACGUCAUUUAUCUGACGCUUUGAUCCAAAGCGACUUCCAUUGCAUUAUAACCCAUGGUUUACCUUCUGCCUGGGGAGCCAUCGGGGGUCAGGGGUCCAGCUCAGGGACACUUCGGCACAUGGAGCAGCUGGGAUUCAAACCACCAACCUUACGCUCCCAGCAGGUCGCACUUGUUCAUGCGCCUCCAUCCCCUCGCCUGUAAAUACAUGUUUUCUUUCUGCUGCACAGACCUCAGAUCAGCUGUUGGUCGUCAUGUUUCUUCUCUGUCACCACCUUUGUUUUGUCUUUCUUAUGUCAAAAUAAAAAUACAAAUGCAUUAAGUGGAAAAAUGUCAUGGAAAAAUGUUGUUUUAUAACAUCUGGUUUUUCAUUUUGAUAAAAGUUCACAUGAAACCUCCAAGUGUUACAAAUACACAUCACUUAUGAAUGCAAAUCAAAGGACAUGUUCAGAAUUGAUCUGUGUGAAAUAUGUAUUUAUAUAAUUAAAGCUUUAAUAAAACACUGUAGAGUAAUAUGGGAGGAAUCUACUUAAGUGGUUACUUUUAAAUUGUAUUUUCAACAAAGAUGUUUAUUAUUAUAUUAAGUUCAAUAAAUAAUAAACCUGAGUUUAACA